GUAAAAAAAAAAAUGCCGGAAGUCAACAUCACUUCCUGAUCGUGCCUCUGACGUGUCUAAAACAGUUUUUUCACUGGUAGUGGGUUUCACUCGUGGGGCAUUUAUUAACAGUUUAAGUAUUAUCCGGUACGUGCUGAGAAGAUGCUAGACUUCUUCACCAUCUUCAGCAAAGGGGGGAUAGUGUUGUGGUGUUUUCAGGGAGCCGGUGUCACUGAAUCCUUCACGGGGCCGGUCAACGCUUUGAUCCGCUCGGUGAUCCUUCAGGAGCGAAGUGGGAACAGUUCGUUUAGUCAUGGGGGCUUGAGUCUUAAAUACAAGCUCGACAACGAGUUUGAGUUGAUUUUUGUGGUGGGUUUUCAAAAGAUCCUGACGCUGACAUAUGUGGACAAGUUCAUAAAUGACGUCCAGCUUCGCUUUAGGGAUCGCUAUAAGAAUGAGCUGGAGCAGAAGGGAGCUUUAAAGCUGCUCAACAACAGCUUUGAGUUUGAGAAUGACUUCAAGAUGCUUCUCAGUGUGGCGGAGGAGAGCAGUAAAGCUCGAGGCCCUGCCGGCAUGCGGACCUUUGAGCAAUCUGGGAAAUCUCAAAAAACUGUGAAGUCAAUGAUUGAGACAAAGGGUGGGGACAAAGGCAAGGAACAGGGUGGCAAGAAGAAUAAAAAUGCCAAAAAGGAGGCUCCUGCAGCUCAGCCUGCCAAAGGGGAUCAAGACAAGGCCUCACCCUCUGGCCAGAAGAUGGUGGAGAAUGGUAACCAGAGCUUGACUGCAGAGGAGAUCUUGCAAAAGAACAGAGAGGAAUUCUUCCGUAAGCACAGGCCAGGAGCUUCUGAAAAACCCAGUAAGUCGCCAAAGCCUCAGAAGCCAAAGGGGAAACAAAAUCGUGUUUGGAACACGGGAGGCAUCAGCACCAGGGAUCUGGACUACAGCGACAAGAAUGGAAAUGGUUCUCCAAAUGGUGCUGAACAGAACCUGGAAGCACAAUUUGAUCCGGAAAUGCAACCAGCCUCCAUGAAGGGAGACUUGCUGUCUGUGGAAUACGAGUCCAGUGACGAAGAGGAGAUGGAGGAAGAGGAUGAGGAAGUGGUCGUCAGAGAAACAAGCAAGCCAAGCUCCAAAAAGGGUGGAGGUUUGUUUGGGAUGCUGAAGGGCCUCGUGGGCUCUAAGAGUUUGACCCGGGAGGAUAUGGAACCAGUGUUGGAGAAGAUGAAGGACCACCUGAUCGCAAAGAAUGUAGCAGCCGACAUUGCCUCCCAGCUGUGUGACUCUGUAGCCAAAAAACUGGAGGGCAAAGUCAUGGGCACAUUCACCACUGUGGCCUCAACAGUAAAGCAGGCCCUGCAAGACUCACUGGUGCAGAUACUGCAACCCAAGCGAAGAGUGGAUAUUCUGAGAGAUGUCAUGGAAGCACAGAGCCAGCGAAGGCCUUUUGUCAUCACAUUUUGUGGUGUCAAUGGAGUGGGAAAGUCCACCAACCUGGCAAAGAUCUCCUUCUGGCUGAUAGAGAAUGGUUUCACUGUGCUGAUCGCAGCCUGUGACACAUUUCGUGCUGGUGCCGUGGAGCAACUCCGUAUUCACCAGCGCCGCCUGAACUCUCUGCAUCCCCCCGAGAAGCACGGUGGACGGCCUGUAGUCCAGCUUUAUGAGAAGGGUUAUGGGAAGGAUGCUGCUGGAAUUGCUAUGGAGGCCAUUGCCUAUGCCCGCAACCAGGCCUUUGAUGUGGUGCUGGUGGACACUGCUGGGCGUAUGCAGGACAACGCCCCCCUAAUGACAGCGCUGGCCAAGCUUAUAGCAGUCAACAUGCCUGACCUAGUGCUGUUUGUUGGGGAGGCUCUGGUGGGCAAUGAGGCAGUUGAUCAGCUGGUGAAGUUCAAUCAGGCUCUGGCAGACCACUCCAUGUCUGACAAGCCUCGCCUCAUUGAUGGAAUUGUUCUCACCAAGUUUGACACUAUUGAUGACAAGGUUGGCGCUGCCAUCUCCAUGACUUACAUCACAGGCCAGCCUAUUGUGUUUGUGGGCACAGGGCAGACCUACAAUGACCUGCGCAGCCUCAACGCCCGUGCCGUGGUCAGCGCCCUGAUGAAGGCUUAAGUUGGCCGCAUGUUCUCCUGGUUUAUUCAUCAUUGCAGAGAAGCCUUUGCCACGCUGCCACAAGAUGUUCCAGCCCCGCUAUAGCCCACGUUUCCAUGCUGCUGCCCUGCGUCCUCUGCUUUUUGAAUCAAAUGAAUGAACUAAAUGUCUCACACAGGAUUUUAUUCUUCCAGUAAAAGGACAAGUGUGCACUUGAAAAGACAGAACAUGUUACAUCAAAGCCAGAGGAGCCUCCCUUUGUAUUAUUUUUAAACUUUUGGGCCAAAUUUAGAAAGUACCUCAGUUCAGCUUGUGUUCCGAAAUGGUGAAGUCUCAUUCAAAUGACAUAUUUGCUGACUGGACCUAGGCUGUGUUCGGUUUACUGGUUUACACAGUAAAGGCUUGGAAAAGAAAAAAAGCUCCCUAUCUGGCAUUGUCAGUCAGAUUUCUUUCAUUUAAAUGAGGUCGGGUAGUGAGUGUUUGCUGGAUGUGACAUUUCAGCAGCUGCCUGUGCCUGAGGAAAGUUUAGUGACCACAGUGCCUGUCCUUCUCUUAUCUUCUCAGUUAACACUUCAAUAAUGUGGAUACUUACCCACUAAUUUCAUGGCUUUGCAGUUCAGAAGAAGCAGCCCCGCUAGUCUAGUGGGGAAGACAGUUUAUGAUUUACAAAAGGGUGUGUGUGAAUACCAGCACUUAUCAGGUUAGAUGUUUUUCGUGUUCAACAAGAAGAAAAUCACGGCGUAGAAAAAUCAAGGUCGACAGGGCAGUGCAUCAAGAUUUCUUGAACAAAUUAACAGUUAUGAUAUAAAAGUCAUCUCCCAGAGCUCCUCGCCUAUAUAUAACACACAGUUAAUUCAUUGCCAUUACAACAUGAAAACUUUGAUUCCCCAGUUUAUAGUGGAUGAAAAGCAGAAAUCCAUUUGUAAGUUUAGGUUUUUCUUGGUCUUAUAGGUGUCCAUAGAUGUCAGACUACACUUCUAAGUGGUCAAUUAAAGUUCUGUGGCCCUUUGACUUAUUUCCCCUUCUGAUUCAUUCAUCAUUUUUAAGAGAAAAUUAAAGUUUUAAAAAUUUCUGCCCCCCUUUAAAAUGUGGUAGUGCAAUAUGAGAACUAUAAAGAAAAUUUGAGAUAAUUUAUGAGAAUGUAAACGUUUCUAAAUAAAGCUGCUAUAUGCUAUGACAGCC